GAGUAAGUGGCAGCUUUAAAAACCAACCAGCUGCAAACUUCAAGGCAGAAGGUCAGCGUAAGAGAGUGGAAGUUGGAUUCUGGGGGCUCCCGGCGUCCCAGGGAUUUUCAGAGCAGUGGGGUUUGGAAGGUCUGAGGGCUGUAGUUGAUCUUGCCGGUUGCUUCUCCCUGACUCCCACACUUCAAACAUGAACGUGCAGGCCUGCUCAAGAUGUGGCUAUGCGGUUUACCCUGCCGAGAAGAUCAGCUGCAUAGACCAGACAUGGCACAAAGCAUGUUUUCACUGUGAAGUCUGCAAGAUGAUGCUUUCUGUUAAUAACUUCGUGAGUCACCAGAAAAAGCCGUACUGUCACGCUCACAACCCUAAGGACAACACAUUCACUAGUGUCUACCACACACCCUUAAAUCCAACCUUGACGAAGUCUCUGGCCACCACCGGAGGGAUCAAUGCCCGAGAAGAUGGUGAGCAGUUUAAAUCUGUUUUCCACUGGGACAUGAAAUCCAAGGACGGAGCAGGUGCACCUAGCGGGCAGCCGCUGACCAGUGAGAGAGACUACUGGCCAGGGUAUGGAGAAGGGAGCACUUGGUGCCCAGGGGCCCUGCCAGACCCUGAGAUCGUGAGGAUGGUUGAGGCUCGACAGGCCCUUGCUGAGCAGGGGUACCCAGAAGACUGUGAACAGCGGCAAAGCAAGGGGAGCUUCCCAGCCAUGAUCACACCUGCCUACCAAAGGGCCAAGACGGCCAGCCAGCUGGCCAGCCAGGUGCAAUACAAGAGAGGCCACGACGAGCGCGUCUCCACGUUCACUCCAGUGACAGACACUCCUGAGCUGCUACGGGCCAAGGCGGGGGGACAGCUUCAAAGUGAUGUGAGAUUCACAGAAGACCACACACAGCACAAAGGGAAGGGCAGUUUCCCUGCUAUGAUCACACCUGCUUAUCAGAUUGCCAAGAGAGCCAAUGAGCUGGCGAGUGAUGUGAAGUACCAUCAACAAUAUCAAAGAGAAAUGAAGGGAGUGGCUAGUCCUGUCGGAGCCGAAGGUACCAUGACAAAGGGAUGUGCAGACCAAGGUGCCCAGGUUUACUUGGAAGAAUGUGAUGGAUCUAGGGGAAAGGGCAGCUUCCCGGCCAUGAUCACCCCGGCUUAUCAGAAUGCCAAGAAGGCCAAUGAACUCGCUAGUGACGUGAAAUACAGGCAGGACUUCCAUAGGAUGAAAGGCGCCGCGCAUUUCCACUCCCUUACCGCCCAGGACAACCUGGCCCUUAAGCGGGCUCAGAGUGUGAACAGGCUUGUGAGUGAGGUGGAGUAUAAGAAGGAUCUGGAAAGCAGCAAAGGUCAUAGUAUCAACUACUGUGAGACACCCCAGUUCAGGAACACGAGCAAGAUCUUGAAGUUCACCAGUGAUAAUAAAUACAAAGAGGACUAUGAGACUCACCUGAGAGGCCACUAUGAAGGAGUCGGUAUGGACAGACGCAUGCUCCACGCACUCAAAGUUGGCAGCCUGGCCAGCAAUGUUGCCUACAAGGCUGAUUAUAAACACCACGUUGUAGAUUACAACUACCCAGCCACCCUCACUCCACUCUACCAGACAGCAAUGAAACUGGCCCCCCUGAAGGACGUCAACUACAGGCAGAGCAUCAACAAAUUGAAGUACAGCUCGGUGACGAACACACCGCAGAUCGUUCAAGCAAAAAUCAACGCCCAGCAAAUGAGCCAUGUGAAUUACCGUGCUGACUAUGAGAGAAACAAGCUGAACUACACACUGCCCCAGGACGCUCCUCAGCUGGCGAAGGCCAGGACCAACGCUGAACUAUUUAGUGAGGUGAAGUACAAAGAAGGCUGGCAGAAGACAAGGGGGAAAGGAUUUGAGAUGAAGCUGGACGCCAUGUCUCUGCUGGCUGCCAAGGCCUCGGGGGAGCUCGCUAGCAGCAUUAAAUACAAAGAAGAAUAUGAAAAAACAAAAGGCAGAGUCCUGGGAACCACCGACUCUAAGCUUCUGCAUUCCCUGCAGGUGGCCAAGAUGAACAGCGAGGUUGAGUAUAAGAAAGGGUUUGAAGAGAGUAAGACCCACUUCCACCUGCCCAUGGACAUGGUAAAUCUCAAGCAUGCCACAAAGGCCCAAGCUCUUGCCAGCGACGUCGACUACAGAAAGAGGUUGCAUGAGUAUACGGUACUGCCUGAAGACAUGAAGACUAGGUGGGCCAAGAAAGCCUAUGGGCUCCAGAGCGAGCUGCAGUACAAAGCUGACCUGGCAUGGAUGAAGGGAGUCGGGUGGCUGACCCAGGGGAGUCUCAACCUAGAGCAGGCCAAGAAGGCUGGACAGCUCGUCAGUGAGAAAAACUACCGGCAGAAGGCCGACGAGUUAAAGUUCACCAGUGUGACUGACAGCUCCCAGAUGGAGCACGCCAAGCGGAGCCAGGGGCUGCAGAGUGGGGUGGCUUACAAGGCAGGUAACGAGCAGUCUGUCCAUCAGUACGCCAUCAGCAAAGAUGAGCCUUUGUUCUUACUAGCCCGGGCCAACGCUGCUCAACUCAGUGAGACGCUGUACAAGAGCAGCUGGGAGAAGCAGAAGGCAAAAGGGUUUGAGCUGAGACUUGACUCCUUGACGUUUCUGACAGCCAAGGCCAAGAGAGACCUGGCCAGUGAGGUAAAGUACAAGGAGGAUUAUGAGCGGUCCAGAGGGAAACUCAUCGGAGCUAAGAGCGCGCAGGGGGAUUCGCAGAUGAGCCACUCGCUGCAGAUGUCUAAGCUACAGAGCGACCUGGAAUACAAGAAAGGCUUUGAAGAUACCAAAUCUCAGUGCCAUGUCUCUCUUGACAUGAUCCACCUCGCCCAUGCUCGCCAGGCACAGCACUUAGCCACAGAUAUAGGCUACAGAACGGCAUCACAUGGCUUCACAGCUCUGCCCACAGACAUGAAAGUGGAGUGGGCCAAGAAGGCCUAUGGUCUGCAGAGUGAUAACCAAUACAGGGCAGACAUGAAGUGGAUGAAAGGCACAGGCUGGGUCGCCACCGGGUCAUUAAAUGUGGAGCAGGCGAAGAAGGCAGGAGAACUCAUUAGUGAGAAGAAGUACCGUCAGCAUCCUGAUGCUUUGAAGUUUACCAGUAUUAAAGACACUCCGGAGAUGGUGCAGGCCAGGGCUAGUUAUGCCCAAGCCGUGGAUAGACUGUAUAGGGAGCAAGGAGAGAACGCAAAACACCGUUACACGCAGACUGUGGACUUGCCUGAAGUCCUGCUGGCCAAGCUGAAUGCUAUGAACAUCAGUGAGACUCGCUAUAAGGAGUCUUGGAGCCGACUUCGAGAUGGUGGAUACAAGCUGAGGUUGGAUGCCCUUCCCUUCCAGGCAGCAAAGGCAUCCAGUGAAAUUAUCAGUGACUACAAAUACAAAGAAGCAUUUGAGAGAAUGAAAGGACAGAUGCUUGGCUCCCGGAGCUUGGAAGGUGACCUCAGCCUCGCACAUUCAGUGCACGCGACCUCGCUGCAGAGUGAUGUGAAUUAUAAGAAAGGCUUUGAACACUCAAAGGCUCACUUCCAUCUGCCGCUGGAUAUGGUAACCUUGGUACAUGCCAAGAAGGCUCAGACCCUGGCCAGCAACCAGGACUACAGACAUCCGCUCCCCCCGCACACAUCCUUGGCAGAAGACCUGAGGCUGAGCUGUGCCAAGAAAGCCCACAAGUUGCAGAGCGAGAAUCUGUAUCGUUCGGACUUGAACUUCAUGCGCGGCGUUCCCUGUGUUGUUCCUGGAGCAUUGGAGAUUGAAGGAAGGAAGAAAGCAUCCGAGCUCAUCAGUGAGAGUAAAUACCGCCAGCAUCCUGGCUCAUUCAAGUACACAGCGGUGGCAGAUACUCCUAGCCUUGUGCACGCCAAGUACAGCAACCAGGUCACCAACGAGCGUCUCUAUAAAGCAGCUGGCGAGGAUGCACGGCACCAAUAUACAACGACCCUUGGUCUGCCUGAGUUCAUCCGAGCAAAAACCAAUGCAGCCAACCUGAGCGAGGCAAAAUACAAGAAGUCUUGGCAUAAUCUUCGUGCUCAAGGCUACAAGCUGACGAUAGACGCCCUCCCGUUCCAGGCUGCGCGGGCCUCUGGAGACAUAGCCAGUGACUUUCUCUACAGACAUGAGUUUGUGAAAGAGCGCGGGCAGCUCAUUGGGGUCCGGAGUGUGAGUGAUGACCCACGGCUACGGCACUGCCAGCGGAUGGGCCGGUUGCAGAGUGAGAAUCAAUACAAGAAGGAGGCAGCCAGCAGCCAAGCCCGGUGCCAUCUGCCCAUGGAUAUGGUGCCCCUGGUCCAUGCCAGGAAGGCCCAGGCCCUGGCGAGUGACCACGACUACCGGACACAGUGCCAUGAGUUCACUGCGCUGCCUGAGGAUCUGAAGAUGGCCUGGGCCAAGAAAGCCCAUGCCCUACAGAGUGAGUUUCACUACAGAUCAGACUUGAUGGCCAUGAAGGGCACAGGAUGGCUGGCUCUGCGAUCUCCCCAGAUAGAGAGUGCAAGGAAGGCUGGAGAGCUCGUCAGUGAGACCAAGUACCGUAAAAAACCACACAGUAUCAAGUUCACCACAGUGGUUGACUCUCCAGACCUCGUCCAUGCUAAGAACAGCUAUGCGCACUGUAACGAGCGCCUGUAUAGGUUGGGGGAUGCAGACUCCCUGCAUCGGUACACCCCAAUCCCAGACCACCCAGAUCUCGCCCGAGCCCGCCUGAACGCAAUGCACCUGAGUGAUAAAGUCUACCGGAACUCCUGGGAGCAGAGCCGGGCUGGUGGAUAUGACUUCAGGCUGGAUGCCAUCCCAUUCCAGACUGCCCGAGUGUCCAGGGAUAUCGCCAGUGAUUUCCGGUACAAGGAGGCGUUCCUGAGGGACCGGGGCCUGCAGAUUGGGUACCGUAGCAUCGAUGAUGACCCAAGGAUGAGGCAUUUCCUCAGUGUCAGCAGGCUGCAGAGUGACAAUGAGUACAGGAAGGACUUUGCUAAGGGCCGCUCCCAGUUCCACAGCCGCACUGACCAACCUGGCUUCCUCCAGGCCAAGAAGAGCCAACAGCUGGCCAGUGAUGUGCACUAUAGGCAGCCCCUGCCCCAGCACACCAGUGACCCAGAAGAGCUGGGCCUGAAGCACGCGCAGAAGGCCCAUCAACUACAGAGCAAUGUCAAGUAUAAAUCUGACUUGAACCUGACUCGAGGUGUUGGCUGGACCCCUCCUGGCUCCUACAAAGUGGAAAUGGCUCGGCGGGCAGCAGAACUGGCCAACAGGAGAGGCCUGGGGCUCCAGGGGCCUUAUGUGGGGCCAGAGGCAGUGGAGCCUGGAGAUCAUCAAAGCAGGGAGGUGAACCCCGAUGCCUUGGAGAUCCUGCACAUUAACAGGAAGAAGACUGUGCCAAUGUGAGCCUACUGGAGAGGGAAGCUGCCAUCGAGGGCUGCUUGCCAGAG